AUGCCGGGCGUGGGGGCGAUCGGAGCGCGGUGCAGGCACCGGCCGCGCAGGAGCCCCAGGAAGAGCCCCAAGGCGGAGCCGGGCCAGGCCGGGGCCGCCAUGGACGCGGCGAUUUGGAUCUACCAGUUCCGGCUGAUCGUGCUGGGCGACUCGACCGUGGGCAAGUCCUGCCUCUUGCACCGCUUCACCGAGGGCCGCUUCCCGGGGCCGCUGCACUCCGACCCCACCGUGGGGGUGGACUUCUUCUCCCGGCUGGUGGAGAUCGAGCCCGGCAAGAGGGUCAAGCUGCAGCUCUGGGACACGGCGGGGCAGGAGCGGUUCAGAUCAAUAACACGCUCUUAUUAUCGCAAUUCUGUGGGUGGCUUACUAGUGUUUGACAUCACAAAUCGACGAUCUUUUGAACAUGUGAAAGACUGGCUAGAAGAAGCAAAAAUGCAUGUGCAGCCCUUUCAGAUUGUGUUCCUGUUAGUAGGACAUAAAUGUGACUUAGUGUCACAGCGUGAGGUUACAAGAGAAGAAGCUGAAAAACUGUCAUCUGACUGUGGUAUGAAAUAUAUAGAAACUUCAGCAAAAGAUGCCACGAAUGUUGAAGAGUCCUUUACAAUUCUUACACGAGACAUCUAUGAACUUGUAAAAAAAGGAGAAAUCUCAAUACAAGAUGGAUGGGAAGGUGUCAAGAGCGGCUUUGUUCCAAAUGUUGUACAUUCAUCAGAAGAAGCUGUAAAGCCCAGAAGACAGUGCAUCUGCUGA